AUGCCUCACGAUGCGGGUCCUGAGGACGCGGAAUCGGCGCAGCUCACCUGCGUGAAGGCGAAAAACAUCCUAGCAGACCCAUUAUCUGGCGUGCCAAAUUUUGCCUCUGCUAUUUCCUUUUCUUCUUCUGCGCCUUCGUCUUCGUUGCUGUCACCUCGUCUUCCUUCUUCCUCGCGCGAGUCGCGGUCGCUUCUCGUUUUGGUGUUUUCGAAAGAUCGCGCUCCGCAGCUGUUUCUCUGUUUGCACUCGUUUUUCUCAUCUCUCGGUUUCUUCGAUGCGGCUCCUGUGCCUCCUCAGAGUGCACGCGCUUCGCCGCACCAGAGUUUGUCUUCACCUUCGCCCUGCCCGCCACGCGAGUGCGCAUCCCCUUCUGCUUCCUCUGAGUCGCCGGCGCGUCGCUUUGGCUCCUCCCCGGCCUCUGCAGACACCCCCAUCCAGGUGUCUGUCCGGGUGAUAUAUCGGGCCUCUUCGCCUCAGUUCGAAGCGUCCUACCGGCUUGUCGGAACCCUGCUCCAGGAGCUUCUUACUUCAACCUCUCAAGAUAGGGAUCUCUCAUUCAGCUUCAAUAGACGCGAGCUCUCUAUUUCUCCUCAAGAUUGGCGGCGCGAGGUGCCCACCCCAGUUCCCUUCUCCCCCUCUGUCUCGUCGUCCUCUGCGCCUUCUCCUCCCUCGCGGCCUCCGUCUCUCUCGUCUUUUCAUCAGGCUCCCGGCUGCGACCCUGUUCCCGCUUCGGAGCCCGUCCGCCAUCUGUAUAGGCUUAAGCGUUUCUCUCUGCACUCUGAAAACGCGUGGGAAGAACGCGAAGAAGGACGCCACCGCCAACGUGCGGGAGCGCGAAGCGGAGAUGAAGCCGCAGAGGCGCGAGAAGGAGGACAGUCGAGCCGAGGCGAGCCCAGCGGCGAAGAAGAAGAGGCGAGCGAGCUCGCCGAGGGCAGGAAGCGAUCUGCUGCCGUGGAAUAUGGACAAGGCUCGUCCGUGUUUCGGUCGUCCCCGUUCGCUUCGCUCUUGCUGCACUGUUUCUCGUGUCCUUCGUGCGAAACGAGUCCUCUAUCACUCUCACUCUGCCGAGGCCAGCAUGCAGGGCCGUGCCCAGCUGCGGCCUCCUUUUCGCGGCCUGCUUCACGUGAAACUUCUGCUUGCAUCGAGACGCGGAAUGGGACGGACGCCUACUCGCCGGCGAAGCCAAGAGACGCGGCGAAGCAGGCAGGGAGUCCUCUAGCGCUCGACGCAAGCGCCGACGACGACAAAGAGCGUAGCAAGCGGGAAUCAGGUGAAGAAAGCGCGAGGGAUAGCGACAGGCCUACUUUGACUGCAGGCGACUACCAGCGAGGUUUCUACGGUGUCGCGUGUCCGUUCAGUCACGUUCUUCUCAUGGUCGACGACUGUGUCUGGCUCUACGCGCCGCCGGCUCCUUCAGCCGCGGAUAUGCCUGAAACCAAAACGCUUCGAGAACGUGAGUUCGCAGGCGGGCGGCGGCCGAGUGCUGUUUCGCGGGCAUCGUGUUUGGCGGACGCGGUUCGCCUGCUUGACGCCUCUCGCUCUCUUCUACUCGUGUCGCCGCGGCUGCACUUUGGGCUCGCGUUCUCGCAACCGGCAGACUCCUUGCUUCUGCUGCCAGCUGCGAGGUUCGUUUCAGCUACGGCCGCGGCGCGAAGCAGCGCCAGACAGAGAAUCCCGGCGGCCGCCUCCGCCGCGGCAGGAGGAGACCCGCGAAGACGCGCAAAAGACGCGGAUGAGGCGAAAGGCGGCGACGAAAGCCACGGGAAAGAGCCCAGAGCAGGCGGAGACGAGGCCCUCGCCGACAGUGACGAUGCCCUGCAGAAGGCUCAGGGAGCGGGGGACGAAACCGAACUCAGCGGCGUUGAUGGGCGAGUGGGGAACGGAGAGGAGCGAGGAGACAGUGGAGUCCUCGAGGAGGGAGGGAACGAGAUGCGCGGAGCCGAAGACGCCGGAGAAGGUUUUUCCGAAGGCAGAAGCACGCGAGAGAAGGCACCAGGCCGCGCUUCUCUGGCGCGUCAAGGCAGUGCGUUCCCAUACGAGGAAGGCCACGACCUUCGCGAAGACUCGUCGUUUUUCUUAGCGGUGGAGAGGCAGCGGUGUGAAGGCGACUUCGCGAUGGCUCUCGACCUCAGCUGUUCCCUGUACCGAUCUGAGGAUUUGCUUCUUCUCUUCCAGACUCUCCAGCGCGUCGAGCCUGCGGCGCUGACGCAUCCGAAUCGCCUCGAAGUGGCUGGCAACCGCCACUUCACGAAGUGCAAGGCGCCAAACGCCCGCGCGAGUCACAGCGACCUCCAUCCCUCGAUUGCUUUUCCACUCGCACCCGCGUGCGUCGUGCUCACAGUCAAUCGAGUGCAAGAGCUCUAUGCGAACCCGGUGUAUCGCUCCUCCAGGAGCCGCAGGCAGAGGCAGACGGGGAACCUGAGAGGCGGCGAAAGUCCACGCAGGGGCGAAGGCAACGCGAAAAGCAGAGACACCCCACAGAUGCGAUCGGAAGACGGAGAGCAGGAAGCGAAAGACGCCGUCAGAGCGGACGACGCACGCGGCGAGGAGCGCGAAAAGCGAGACGCGAUGAAGCAAAGCACGAGUGUGCCUGCGCGGCGCGAGCCUGAGCAAAAGGCGCACGACGGGGAGUGCGAAAGCGUGUGUGCGAGGACUGCGAACGGAGGGAGCCCAGAGGCACUCUUUAGACAAAGAACCGAAGAGGCAGGACUGUGCGGAGAACCGGGAGAAGACAGCUGGAGCUGUGAAGCUCUCGAUCGGUACUUCCGCGUCGGCGUCGAUCGGUGGCGAAGGUCGCAGCGUGAGCGCGAGGCCGCGCUGCGCCGCGAGAGCCCCAGCGCGCUGUUGUCGUUCUCGCCCUCGUCACUCUCUCUCCCGUUGGAGGAUUGGUUUCCGUUUCCGCUGCCCACGGCUUCUUUCUUUCCGUAUGACGAUCUCAACUGCCGCCUUCCCUGCUGCCACGUUCCGCCUUCCUCUCCGACGCCGCCUUGCUUCAGCGUGGCCUCUCCGUGCUCUCCUCGCGCGGAGCCUUUCACUCUUUCUCACGGCUCUUUCUCGCCUUCCUCGUCGUACCCAGUGGAGUUCCUUCCUGGCGCCUUUGUCGCGCCCGCUGCGCCGCCGUCGCCCGGCUCUGCCUCGCCGAGUGCGGCGCCCGCCGCGUCGUCUCCGCGCCCGCUGCCGACAGUCUCCUGGCUGAUCCCAGUGCACAACGGCGAGAAGACGAUCCUCGCGGCCCUCCGCAGCGCGGUGUGCCAGACCCACUGCCCGCCAGGCUUCUUCGACGUCGUGAUGGUAGAUGACUGCUCUUCAGACGAGACGGUGGCACAGCUUCUUCCAUUCUGUCGCGAGGUUUGGUCAGCGGAAAGCGAAAAGGCGGGCUGCCGCCGAAACGGCCGUUCGCGUGUCAACGCCAGCCCGAGUCGCGCUCAAGGAAUUAAAAGGGGAGCGGAGGCGCAGGCGAGGACUGGCGGUGUGCAGGAGGACAAGAGGCGUGAGAGGCAACGAGACGACGACGACGGAGAGCUACCGCUUCCCGACGACCAAGUGCACGCAACGGAUGUAAGAGCAGAGGGGAGAGAGACCCCCGCCUGCCGCCAGAAGGAGACUGUCAUCCGCGCAGAGCUGGCCUUACCUGGAGUGCCGGAGGUGCCUCUGACGCUCGUGCGCCUGGCGAAGCAACGAGGAGUCGCCGGCGCUUUGCGGCGAGGUUUGAUGCAUUGCCGUGGAGAGUUCAUCGCCCGCCUGGACGCAGACGACGUCGCUCAUCCCCAGAGGCUGAUCACGCAGAUUUCCUUCAUGCGGAAGCAUCCCCAGGUGGCUGUCUGCGGGUCGGCGUUCGCGACCUUUAGGUGGCGGCUCAUCUUCGAGUGUCCUGUUGCUCAUCCAACCGUCAUGCUGCGUCGCGAUGCGCUGCGACUCUUGCCGCGAGCAACAGAGCAAGCGCCGCCUUCCUCGCUCGCGUCUUCAUCGCCCGGGCCCUCGCCGCCGCCUUCUCGUUCAGCGGUCGCCUUGCACCUUGCGCCGCGAAGCAACUCGCAAAUUGAUGCUGCCUGCGUCCAAGCGGUCGACGGACGCCUCGAAGAAGGGAAGGCAGAGAGGAAAGGAGAAGACACGACAGUCACGCAGGGCGAAGCGCACGCAUGUGUUGCAGACUCGUGUGAAUGUGCGAGACCUACAGAAGAAAACAAGAAAGGAGACAUCACAGACGAGGAGAACGAGGCGCGUGUCUGGGAGUACAUAUAUCCGGACGAAGAGGCUGAGGACCUCUGGCUGUGGCUCUCUCUCCCGCUUCACCUGCACAUCACGAAUCUUCCCCACAUUUUGACUUUCCUGCGUCGCGACCCGUCUCGCAAGUCGGAGAGAGCCCUUCUCCCGAUGCGCCGCUCCGCCCAGCUCGCCGUCUGUGCGUGGCUCCGGCGCACUCUCAGGCAGCCCGCGGCGCGCUGCUGUCCCAGUCGCGAGCGGGACUCCCGGAAGCCGCUCAGACCGGCGCCGCGCGGCGAGGCCGCCAGCGCGAGGAGAGGGAGGAGCAAACUGCGUGCAAGCGCGAUGCCGGCGCGGGCUGCGCGCCUGAGGAGAACGGAAUCGAUGCGCGCAUGCGCGCGAAAGAAGAAGGAAGGAGGGAGCGGAGGGCUCCAAAUCGCGACCAAGCGGCGGCAGCGGACGCAGAGGCUUCACGGCCGCGCGACGCUGACUCAAGGGACAGAGCGGAGACGCGCCGUGGUGGUCUGGGCGAUGGGGCGGACGAGGCAAGCGCUCAACGCGCGGCGAUCGCCGAGAAAGCUCCAGAGGGAAAGACGGAAAAAGCGCGACAGAGGCAGCGGGACUCAGACGCACUUCGAGAGUCCGAAUUGGGUGUCGACCGCCGCCUGCUCUCCGACGUCGUUGCCUGUCUCCGUGGCCAUAGGGCGCCCGCCACCGCCGAGGAGGGGCAGGCUGCGUUCACGCUUCUCCAGGCGCUUGAAACUUUCUUCUGUAGGGCUGCGGAGCGCCUUCCACAGACCGCUGCCGGAAGCGACGAAGCGCCCGUGGGUAGCGCGGAAAGCAGUUCUAGCGCCGCGCGAGAACGAGGCGGGACUCGAGGUCGGCCUCAAGUAG